AUGGCCGCCGCCGCCGCCGCCGUUGAGAUAUCCCCCUCCGACCUCAUAUCACAUAUCCUCCUAUCUCUACCCUCCGACCAUUCCCGUCUAUUAAUAGGAGUAGUUGGUGCUCCUGGUGCUGGUAAGAGUGCAGUAAGUAGACAUCUAGUGGCAGAGAUCAAUAGGAUAUCUAACAACAACAUAGCCAUACUCGUCCCUUUGGAUGGCUUCCACUACACUCGUCACUAUUUGGAUACUCAAAUGGCUGAUCCUGUUGCGGCUCGGAGGUAUCGGGGAGCUCAUUGGACCUUUGAUAAGGAGGGAUUCAUCACAUGUUUGAAUCGAUUAAAGAACUGUGAUAAUGUCGAUUGCCCACAAUUUGAUCAUAGUGUUCAUGAUCCCGAAGAGGGGAAAAUUAAAGUGCGUGAACAUCACAGGAUAGUGAUAGUAGAAGGUCUAUGGGUCUUCUACCCCCCAUGGGGCCUUCCUGAUGAUAUAUACCAAAUUAAAGUCCUAGUCAAGGCCAGUGCCAAGAAUCGGCAGUAUAGAGUUGGUAACUUGCCCGACAUGUAG